UCUUGGUGAAUAUCCGCUGCCAUCUGGACCUUCAACCACCAUCGAUUCUUCCAACGCUGCACAUCGGAAAGUGGACGGAAAAAGCGAUGCAAACUACCGACACCUGCGACGAUGCAUCUGUUGUUGCAGACCAUCAAGACUGCAUCUACAACGGACGUGACGACAGCGUUGUCGGUACACUGCCAACGGAGGGGUAUCACAUUUUUGACGCAAGACCGAGUGUCGUGUCUCCAUCAAACUCAGCACACGACACAUAUCACGGACUGUACACGUCCUUUCCCACACCCUCUUCAGACGACAACAAUGAUGCCCCACGAAUCCUCAAGGUUUUGACAGCUGCCCGAAGGUUCUCGAUCAAAUUCUGGAGUCGAAUGAUGCUGCUCUUCGUGCCUCUCGCUGUUGCAGCUCCGUUCGUCAGCUUAAGUGACUCGGCAAUCUUCAUACUGAACUGCUUUGCAAUUAUGCCGCUUGCCGAUGUGCUGUGCCAGGCUACCGAGAGCGUGGCAAGCUUCAUGGGCGAGACAACUGGUGCCUUGGUCAAUGUGACUAUGGGAAACCUGACCGAGCUAGUUAUCUUUAUUCAAGCUCUGGUUCACCGACAAUACAUCAUCGUUCGAACAUCGCUCCUAGGUUCCAUCGUUGUCAAUAUCCUGCUAGUGCUCGGUCUUGCCAUUCUGACGGGUGAGGGCCGAGAACGACGACAAGUGUACAAUGUGUUGGCUACAAGAGUAGCCGCAGGUUUACUCUGUCUGACGACAGUCAGUCUGUUGGUUGCAUCAACCUUAAAACCCAAACCAGAAGAUCCAGCGAUCGCAUUUAAGAUUACAGCUUUGAGUCGAGCAACAUCCAUCGUCCUGAUAAUCGUCUACUUUCUCUACCUUUGGACGCAAAUUCGAUCUGCAAAAUACGCAUAUAAACCGCUGAUCCAACUUGACGAUCCGGAAGAACCUGGCAUGGUGGAUUCAGUUGAGCUUGGAAGGGCCAGCACGCACUGCCGGAAUCUGUCAUACCCACGAAGACCUUUGGCAACGCCCCCAUUGCUGAGCUUAAGCGACUCGAAAAGCUACGACUCAUUCGACACCGACGCACAAACCACCUCAUAUUCAGCGUCUGCUGUGUCGAUAAUUGGCAAAAUCUCACCAGCAACAGAACUCAUACUCACCUCAGUAUGGGUGCAGAGAACGACACCAAUCAUCUUCCUCAUCGGAUCCACAGCACUCAUAUCAAUUUGUAGUGAGAACCUGGUCUCUCGCGUCGAUCACUUCGCGGCCCAAUCCCCAAUCUCCAAGACUAUGGUCGGCCUCAUCAUCCUGCCCAUCGUUGGCAACGCCGCAGAGCUCGUGUCUGGUAUUUUGUUCGCAACGCGCAAGCAAAUAGACCUAGCUUUUGCUGUGUCUAUUGGAUCGGCGAUCCAGAUUGCACUGUUCGUUACACCGCUGGUCGUGCUCAUCGCAUGGGGUAUUGAUCGAGACAUGAGUCUGCACUUCACGCCUUUUGAGUCCGUCGCACUUGCUGCAAGCUCAGUGUUAUUCUUGAUGCUAGUUUUCGAUAGUAGGUGUUCGGUACUGAAGGGCGUGUGCUUGUGUGCUGGUUAUACUAUCAUUGCGAUUGCAUCGUACUUCGUUAUGGAUGGAGACUGAUCAUACCUUUGUGGGACUUGCCGAUGAUUCCCGAAUGAAAUUUUUGAUUUCAUGCGUUUCAUCAUAGCCUGCGCGUAGUUUGACAUCGAUUUUAUCGUUCAAACUUCUUUCACGACAUGCUAACUGUCACCGCGUCGAAUGCCUCCUGGGAUGCAGAGUAUAAAU